AUGUCCUUCAAAGUGCUUCUAACUUCUUGUCUCGCGAUACUAAUAGGACAUAGAAACGCAGUGACCGCAUUCAAGCUGAAGAAUUAUGACUGUGGUCCAUACGGUUUUAUAUGUGAAGGAGCAAAUAAACUGAGAAUCUGCGAAGGCAUUAACUUAUUAGGUCCUACAUUUAUCUGUCCACCUAAUACACACUGCAAUGAGGACUCUAGUGAUGUUUGUCAGAACGCUGUUAAUUAUGUGGAUCCUACCAUAAGCAAAACCCUGUACUGUCACAAAAAUGAGCGAAUAAUGGAUCCCACAGUUCCGGGUUGUAAGGGUUAUAUUUUAUGUAUCCCGAAUAAAAACAGAUUUCAAGGUAUUAAAUUUAAAUGUGGUGGUAAUACAAUUUUUAAUAGUUACACUCGCACCUGCACUGCUCCAGAUAAAUUUAAGUGUCUUGUGGCUAACACUACAAAAUCGUCAGUAGAACUAUUUAGCGAUGGAACUAAAAGAGUCCAAUCUAAUGCAGGUACGAGCGUGCGUCCUCAGAUAUCACCAUACCGCUCUAUUGAAUGUAAAAACUAUAAGUUUAGUGUAACAGAUGACAAUGAACCUGUACGCGCGAUGUACUUCUGCCCACGAAGUCCUAUUUGGGGAGAGACCUCAGUCCGGUGUACAGUGUUCUCGAGUAAAUUCUGCAUUACGUUGGAAAGGGACGACGGAGAUCAAAUCCUCAAUAAUGUCGGAACAGCGUAUCGCAAACCACGAACAUUACAAAAUAAAUAG